UGAAAGGUGUGCAGUGUUUGAGAGUCGCGCCGCACAUUGCCUGAGGACAGAGUCCAGCGUGCUUUCACUCUCUCCCCUCUCCUCCUCCUUUCUCCUCCUCUCCCUCUUUGGCUCUGUCACACUCUCUCUAUCCGUGGCUUUUCCCUACUCGGAAGCGUGUGGCUUUUCUCUUUCUUCCCCGUGCGUCGGAAAGACGUGUGUGAGGAUGGCGGAGUAGUGAAGGAGGAGGACAGACUUGAGGCUGAGAGAAGCAUGAUGCUGGUGUGACUGCUGAGCCAGCAUUUCUCUGUACUGACUACUGCUGCACCAGGAAAGAGGACACCCAGGAGAGGACCCACCCCCCUCCCACUCCCUGCUCCCUUUACCCAGCCACAGGACCUCAUAGCUUUGCAGAGGACUACCUAAAUCCCCCUUUUGGUCCACCUCCCUUCUGGAGACCCAUCUCUUUUGAAGCUUUAGCUCUUCCACUGGACUGAUGGAGCUGCAGAGGGCGACUAGCAUGCCCGGGCCUCUGUCCCCCGGCCCCCUCUCCCCGGGGUCCCAUUCCCCCAGGCCCCUGUCCCCCUCCCCUGGCCUCGGGCCCUCCCAGGACCCCAGCCCUGGACGAGGCUCCAGCCCUCUGUGCAGCCCCAGCCACAGCCCUCUCCCUGGCCCAGCUCCGGGCUACAGCGCUCAGGCCGCCUUCAACUACAACCAACUGGAGGGACGCUUUAAGCAGCUGCAAGAUGAGCGUGAGGCGGUGCAGAAGAAGACCUUCGUCAAGUGGGUGAACUCUCACCUGUCCAGGGUGUCCUGCCGCAUCACGGACCUGUACAUGGACCUGAGGGAUGGACGCAUGCUCAUCAAACUCCUGGAGGUGCUCUCUGGAGAGAGACUGCCCAAACCAACUAAAGGCCGCAUGCGUAUCCACUGCCUGGAGAACGUGGACAAGGCCCUUCAGUUCCUCAAGGAGCAGAGGGUUCACCUGGAGAACAUGGGUUCUCACGACAUCGUCGACGGCAACCACCGCCUCACUCUCGGACUCAUCUGGACCAUCAUCCUGCGCUUCCAGAUCCAGGACAUCAGUGUGGAGACGGAGGACAACAAGGAGAAGAAGUCUGCUAAGGACGCGCUGCUCCUCUGGUGCCAGAUGAAGUCUGCAGGGUACCCCAACGUGAACAUUCACAACUUCACCACCAGCUGGAGGGAUGGCAUGGCUUUUAACGCCCUCAUCCACAAACACAGACCGGACCUGAUUGACUUUGACAAGCUGAAGAAAUCUAACGCCCACCACAACCUCCAGAAUGCCUUCAACCUCGCUGAGCAGCACCUGGGCAUUACUAAACUACUGGACCCAGAGGACAUCAGUGUGGACCACCCAGAUGAGAAGUCCAUCAUCACCUACGUUGUGACCUACUACCACUACUUCUCCAAGAUGAAGGCCCUGAAAGUGGAGGGCAAACGCAUCGGGAAGGUCCUUGACAACGCCAUCGAGACGGAGAAGAUGAUUGAGAAGUACGAGUCACUGGCCUCAGACCUGCUGGAGUGGAUCGAGCAGACCAUCAUCAUCCUCAACAACCGCAAGUUUGCCAACGCCCUGGUGGGGGUGCAGCAGCAGCUGCAGGCCUUCAACACCUACCGCACGGUGGAGAAGCCUCCCAAGUUCACAGAGAAGGGGAACCUGGAGGUGCUGCUCUUCACCAUCCAGAGCAAGAUGAGAGCCAACAACCAGAAGGUCUUCAUGCCCCGCGAAGGCAAGCUCAUCUCUGACAUCAACAAGGCGUGGGAGCGCCUGGAGAAGGCGGAGCAUGAGCGCGAGCUGGCUCUGAGGACGGAGCUGAUUCGCCAGGAGAAGCUGGAGCAGCUGGCGCGCCGCUUCGACCGCAAGGCUGCCAUGAGAGAAACCUGGCUGAGUGAAAACCAGCGGCUCGUCUCUCAGGACAACUUUGGGUUCGACCUGCAGGCGGUGGAGGCCGCCACCAAGAAGCACGAGGCCAUCGAGACGGACAUCGCGGCCUACGAGGAGCGCGUGCGGGCCGUGGUGUCCGUGGCCAGGGAGCUGGAGGCGGAGAACUACCACGACAUCAAGCGCAUCACGGCCAGGAAGGACAACGUGAACCGCCUGUGGGAGUACCUGCUGGAGCUGCUGAAGGCUCGGCGGCUGCGGCUGGAGAUGAACCUGGGGCUGCAGAGGGUGUUCCAGGAGAUGCUGUACAUCAUGGACUGGAUGGACGAGAUGAAGAUGCUGCUGCUGUCCCAGGACUAUGGGAAGCACCUGCUGGGUGUGGAGGACCUGCUCCAGAAGCACGCCCUGGUGGAGGCCGACAUCGCCAUCCAGGCCGACCGCGUCAAGGCCGUCAACAACAAUGCUCAGAGGUUCGCCGUCGACGCCGAGGGCUACAAGCCAUGCGACCCCCAGGUGAUCCGUGACCGCGUGGCCCACAUGGAGUUCUGCUACCAGGAGCUGAGCCAGCUGGCCGCCGAGCGCCGCGCCCGCCUGGAGGAAUCCCGCCGCCUGUGGAAGUUCUUCUGGGAGAUGGCGGAGGAGGAAGGCUGGAUCCGGGAGAAGGAGCAGAUCCUGUCCUCCGAGGACUGUGGGAAGGACCUGACGGCAGCCGUGCGUCUGCUGAGCCAGCACAAGGCCUUCGAGGACGAGAUGAUUGGCCGAGCCGGACACCUGCAGCAGACCGUGCGCCAGGGGGAGGAGCUUGUGGCGGACAACCACUUUGGCUCCGAUAAGAUCAAAGAGCGCAUCGCGGACAUCCAGGAGCAGUGGAAGGGGCUGGAACGCUUGUCGGCAGUCAGGAAGACCCGCCUGCAAGAGGCCUGCAACCAUCACCAGUUCCUGACUGACGCCGACGACAUCGACGCCUGGAUGCUGGACGUGCUCCGCAUCGUGUCGAGCGCCGACGUGGGCCACGACGAGUUCUCCACGCAGGCCCUUGUCAAGAAGCACAAGGACGUGGCUGAGGAGAUCGCCAGCUACCGGCCCGUCAUCGACGCUCUGCACGAACAGGCCCGCACGCUGCCCGAACAGCAGGCCAACUCUGAGGAGGUGCAGACCCGCCUGUCGGGCAUCGAGGAGCGCUACAAGGAGGUGGCCGAGCUGACCCGUCUGAGGAAGCAGGCGCUGCAGGACGCUCUGGCGCUCUACAAGAUGUUCAGCGAGGCCGACGCCUGCGAGGUGUGGAUCGACGAGAAGGAGCAGUGGCUCAACAGCAUGGAGAUACCUGAGAAGUUAGAGGACCUGGAGGUCGUACAGCACAGGUUUGAGAGUCUGGAGCCCGAGAUGAACAACCAAGCCUCCCGUGUUGCUGUGGUGAACCAGAUUGCUAGGCAACUAAUCCACAGUGGUCACCCCAGUGAGAAGGAGAUCAAAGCCCAGCAGGAUAAACUCAACACCAGGUGGAGCCAGUUCAGAGACCUGGUGGACCUGAAGAAGGACUCCUUGAACUCGGCUCUGGGCGUGCAGAACUACCACCUGGAGUGCAACGAAACAAAGUCCUGGAUCCGCGAGAAGACCAAGGUCAUCGAGUCCACACAGGAGCUGGGCAACGACCUGGCGGGCGUCAUGGCUCUGCAGCGCAAGCUCACCGGCAUGGAGCGCGACCUGGCCGCCAUCGAGGACAAGCUGGGCGACCUGGGAAAGGAGGCGGAGCGACUGGCCGCCGAGCACCCCGACCAGGCCCAGGGCAUCAUGGGAAGGCUGGGCGAGUGCACGGGCGUGUGGGACGAGAUGAAGGGCACGCUGAAGAACCGCGAGGAGUCUCUGGGCGAGGCCAGCAAGCUGCAACAGUUCCUGCGCGAGCUGGACGACUUCCAGUCCUGGCUGUCGCGCACCCAGACGGCCAUCGCCUCCGAGGACAUGCCGAACACCCUGACCGAAGCUGAGAAGCUCCUGGCUCAGCACGAGGGCAUCAAGAACGAGAUCCGGAACUACGAGGAGGACUACCAGAAGAUGCGGGACAUGGGGGAGAUGGUGACCCAGGGCCAGACGGACGCCCAGUACAUGUUCCUCCGUCAAAGGCUGCAGGCGCUGGACACGGGCUGGAACGAGCUGCACAAGAUGUGGGAGAACCGGCAGAACCUGCUGUCCCAGUCCCACGCCUACCAGAUGUUCCUCCGGGACACCAAGCAGGUUGAGGCCUUCCUCAACAACCAGGAGUACGUCCUGGCCCACACGGAGAUGCCCACCACCCUGGAGGGGGCGGAAGGGGCCAUCAAGAAGCAGGAGGACUUCAUGACCACCAUGGACGCCAACGAGGAGAAGAUCAACGCCGUGGUGGACACGGGACGCCGGCUGGUGGGUGACGGCAACAUCAACGCCGAGCGCGUCCAGGAGAAGGUGGACUCCAUCGAUAAGAGGCAUAAGAAGAACCGCGAGGGAGCCAGUGAGCUGCUGACGAAGCUGAAAGACAACAGAGACCUGCAGAAGUUCCUCCAGGACUGUCAGGAGCUGUCCCUGUGGAUCAACGAGAAGAUGCUGACAGCCCAGGACAUGUCUUACGACGAGGCCAGGAACCUCCACAGCAAGUGGCUCAAACACCAGGCCUUCAUGGCUGAACUGCAGUCCAACAAGGAAUGGCUGGACAAGAUCGAGAAGGACGGGCAACAGCUGAUGACAGAGAAGCCAGAGACUGAGCCAAUGGUGAAGGAGAAGCUGGCUGCGCUCCAGAAGAUGUGGGAGGACCUUGAGUCGACCACCCAGACCAAGGCCAAGUGCUUGUUCGAUGCCAACAAGGCGGAGCUUUUCACCCAAAGCUGCACCAACCUGGACAAAUGGCUGGUCGGCUUGGAAGGCCAGAUCCAAUCAGACGACUACGGCAAAGAUCUGACCAGCGUCAACAUCCUGCUGAAGAAACAGCAGAUGCUGGAGAGCCAGGUGGAGGUGCGUCAGAGGGAGGUGCAGGAGCUGCAGGGCCAGGCGCAGGCCCUGAGCCAGGAGGGCAAGGACUCGGACGAGGUGGACGGCCAGAGACGCACCGUGGAGAAGAAGUUCCAGGAGCUGCAGGAGCCCAUCAUGAAGAGGAGGGAUAACCUGAUGGCCUCCCGUGAGAUCCACCAGUUCAACAGGGACUUGGAAGAUGAGAUACUGUGGGUGGAGGAGAGGAUGGCUCUGGCUACGUCCACAGACCACGGGAACAACCUCCAGACCGUCCAGCUCCUCAUCAAGAAGAACCAGACGCUCCAGAAGGAGAUCCAGGGCCACCAGCCGCGCUACGACGACAUCUUCGAGCGCAGCCAGCAGGUCCUGCGCGCCGACAGCCCCAACGGCGACCUGAUCCGCCAGCGGCUGGACGACCUGCAGCGCCUGUGGGCCCAGAUGAAGGCGGAGACGGAGAAUCGGCACGGGCGUCUGGAGGAGGCCCACAAGGCCCAGCAGUACUACUUUGACGCUGCCGAGGCCGAGGCCUGGAUGAGCGAGCAGGAGCUGUACAUGAUGUCAGAGGAGAAGGCCAAGGAUGAACAGAGCUCCGUGACCAUGCUGAAGAAGCACCACAUCCUGGAGCAGGCGGUGGAGGACUAUGCAGAGACUGUGCACCAGCUCUCCCAGACCAGCAGGGGCCUGGUGGCCGCAGAGCACCCAGAGAGCGAGCGCAUCGGCAUGCGCCAGUCCCAGGUGGACAAGCUGUACGCCGGCCUGAAGGACCUGUCAGAGGAGAGGAGGGGCAAGCUGGACGAGAGGCUCCGCCUCUUCCAGCUCAACAGGGAAGUGGAUGAUCUGGAACAGUGGAUCGCCGAGCGCGAGGUUGUGGCCGGGUCGCACGAGCUGGGGCAGGACUAUGAACACGUCACGAUGCUGCAGGAGCGUUUCCGGGAGUUCGCCCGCGACACGGGCAACAUCGGCCAGGAGCGCGUGGACGCCGUCAACCAGCUGGCCGACGAGCUCAUCAACUCAGGCCACGCCGACGCGGCCACCAUCGCCGAGUGGAAGGACGGCCUGAACGAGGCGUGGGCGGACCUGCUGGAGCUGAUCGACACGCGCACGCAGAUCCUCGCCGCCUCCUUUGAGCUGCACAAGUUCUACCACGACGCCAAGGAGAUCCUCAACCGCAUCCUGGACAAACACAAGAAGCUUCCGGAAGAGCUGGGCCGAGACCAGAACACGGUGGAGACCCUGCAGAGGAUGCACACCACCUUCGAGCACGACAUCCAGGCCUUGGGCACCCAGGUGCGCACGUUGCAGGAGGACGCCGUGCGUCUGCAGUCGGCCUACGCCGGGGACAAGGCUGACGACAUCCAGAAGCGCGAGGGGGAGGUGCUGGAGGCGUGGCGCGUCCUGCUCGAGGCCUGCGAUGGGCGCCGCGUCAAGCUGCUGGACACGGGAGACAAGUUCCGCUUCUUCAGCAUGGUCCGAGACCUCAUGCUGUGGAUGGAGGACGUCAUCCGCCUCAUCGAGGCCCAGGAGAAACCCAGGGAUGUGUCGUCUGUGGAGCUGCUGAUGAACAACCACCAGGGCAUCAAGGCAGAGAUUGAUGCCCGCAACGACAGCUUCACCACCUGCAUCGAGCUGGGCAAGGCCCUGCUAGCACGGAAGCACUACGCAUCAGAAGAGAUCAAAGAGAAGUUGCUACAGCUGACGGAUAAAAGGAAAGACAUGAUUGACAAGUGGGAGGACAGAUGGGAGUGGCUUAGAUUGGUUCUGGAGGUGCACCAGUUCUCGCGGGACGCGGGCGUGGCCGAGGCGUGGCUGCUGGGCCAGGAGCCCUACCUGUCCAGUAGGGAGAUGGGCAUGAACGUGGACGAUGUGGAGAAGCUCAUCAAGAGACACGAGGCCUUCGAGAAGUCCGCCGCCACCUGGGAGGAGCGCUUCUCCGCCCUGGAGCGACUGACCACGAUGGAGCUACUGGAAGUAAGAAGAAUGCAAGAGGAAGAAGAGAAGAAGAGGCAGCCGCCACCUGCAGAGGCCUCCGACGCAGUCUUGACACAGCAGAGCAGGGAGGGCGAGCAGGUGUCUCAGAAUGGGCUGCCGUCAGACCAGGACUCUCCCCGGGAUAACGGAGAAGGAAGUGACAUAGUUAACGGCGUGGCAGAACCCAGUCCUGGGGGGUCUCCCAGCGCCAGCCGCAAGGGCAAGGCCAGUCAGGCUGCCACGCUGCCCGCCAAGACCCAGGACUCCAUCCCCUCGCAGAUGGAGGGCUUCCUCCACCGCAAACACGAGUGGGAGGGGCAUAACAAGAAGGCCUCCAGCAGGUCCUGGCACAAUGUGUACUGUGUGAUCAACAGCCAUGAGAUGGGCUUCUACAAGGACAGCAGGAGUGCCAGUCAGGGCAUCCCCUACCACAGCGAGGUGCCCAUCAGCCUCAAAGACGCUGUGUGCGAGAUUGCCCUUGACUACAAGAAGAAGAAGCACGUGUUCAAGCUCAAAGUUACUGAUGGGAAUGAGUAUCUCUUCCAAGCCAAAGAUGAUGAGGAGAUGAACUUGUGGAUCCAGGCCAUCUCCACUGCCGUCUCCUCUGAUAGGUCAGAGGUCACUCCAAGCAGCCAUAGCACCCCCGCCGCAAGCCGCGCCCAGACCUUACCCGCCUCUGUUGCCAUGGCAGCCGAGUCCAGCCCAGGCAAGCGAGAGAAGGACAAGGAAAAACGCUUCAGCCUUUUCAGCAAAAAGAAGUAGACCGCUCCUCCCUCCCUCCCAAUCCCAGCCUCCUCUCAGUGGGUGUGGGGUGGGGUGUUCUCCUGGAGGCUGAUCUAGGGUCAGUUUGCUUUCUCCCCUGGGGAUUUAGGUUAGGUUUAGGGGGAAAGGCAAAGCUGGUCCUGGUUCAGUGCCCUAAGGAGACACUUUCCCCAAAUUCACCCCAAUACCCUUUCUCCUCUUCCGCAUAAAGUGAGACUCCAGCAUGCAAGCUCAGAGCCAAAACUCUACACUCUGUGCCUAUCGACCCUCCAGCCCGGCUCAGAGCUCCAAUAUUGUAUGCCGUUUAUUUUCCUAUUUUGAAGAUAAGGAACGGGGGAAAAAAAAAAGAAAAAUAUAAGAAUGAAGGAUAUAAAAAUGCAAUGCUUUGGGCCGCUGCCAAUGUCAACCAUCCAGAAAUCACAGGCGUGUAAUAAGAUACAGGAUGAAUUUCCCUAACGCUGAUUCUUUUGUUUGACUCCUUCUUUCUCUCAUCUCUGCUAUCAUCUUUUAGCUUUUGUCGUUUGUUUCUUUCUGCCAGUUCUCUUUGUUUUUGUAACUGUAUACGUAGUUUCUAGGGCCUGUCCUCAGUUUUGUGAGGCUGUCUUUGAGCGAUGACUUGCAUUCCUCAACGUGUGAUCAACCAAGUCUGCGGUGCUUUGAACUGUAUAACUUGUGUAUUAUAACAAACUAUUAAAAACCUGUGUUUAAUUUCACUAUUUACUAAUAAGUCCUACAACCAUUAUAAGCUUCAUUUCAAUAUAAUUUCUUUCCUAAAACCUAAUAUCUACACUCAAAAUUUGAAUGAAGUCAGGUUCUGUACUUGGGCUCAUGAUAAGACCAGUAAGAAUGUUUGAUAUCAUGAAGAACUUUAACACAAGU